AUGUAAAUGAUUCCCAGGGAAAUUCAAGACAAUACCAAGAAACUGUGGUCCGUGGUCAUGAUGGGGCUUGGGCUAUGGAAAGGUAGGAUAUACUUCUGGCACGCCAUACCCGAAGGGAAAGAACUAGUCGAUGCGGGGGAACUUCACCUCCAUCCUCUACCUAUACAUUCUCUUCUCUACUUACGAGCACCCGAAGACCAGAAACUAUUGCUUAGCUGGCCUUGAUAUUUGCGACAGCAUGUCAGCUACUACUCCGCAGCGCAUUGCCCUGAUCGGGCUUGGCACCAUCGGCAUGUCGAUGGCUGCACUCCAUCUUGCUCGCGAAAACACCACAGUAGAUGUAUUCGACACCCGGCCAGACUUCGAGCAAUAUUUGCGCAAGACUCUACCGGUCUUUCUGAGUCACCACUUGACAUCUGACGUAUCCGAGCCUGAUUCGGUGCUUCCAGAAGCAGUGGUCUCCUCGCUGAUAUCCUCUGGUCGCCUUCAACUCCACACUUCAUUGGAAACGGCCUGUGCAUCGGCCACCAUCGUCCAGGAGCAAGGGCCGGAAAAUGUCGCUUUCAAACAGUCACUCUGGAAACAGGUGGAGUCGAUAGCACCGCCAUCCGCUCACUUCUGGACGAGCACAUCCGGCAUUGCCGCCUCGAUCCAGCAGGGUGAAAUGUCCGACAAGACGCGCUUGUUGGUGGUACAUCCCUUCAACCCGCCGCACAUCAUGCCACUCCUUGAGAUCGUCCCCUCCCCCGAAACUUCGACGGAGCGAGUAGAAUUUGCCCGUGCAUACUUCUCCGUGGCCGGCUCGAAGCAUCGACCCGUGGUGAUCAAAAAGGAGAUUCCGGGGUUUGUCGGGAACCGCCUGGCAUUUGCGCUUCUCAGGGAGGCAUGCUAUCUGGUCCAGGAGGAUGUAGUGGACGCAAAGGAUCUCGACACGAUCAUGAAGGCCAGUCUAGGUCCAAGAUGGGCAGGGAAUGGUGUGUUCGAAAGCUACCAACAGGGCGGCGGAGAAGGUGGCAUCCAAGCCUUCUUUGAAAAACUGGAACCUACGCUACAACAGGUCUGGGAUGGACAAGGAAGAGUGAACUUGGUGGGGAACGAAGAGACCCAGUGGAAAGAUAAAGUGAUCUCUCAGGUGAAUGAGGCUUACGGGUCCUUUAGCAACGAGCAGAUCUUAGAAAAGGAAGCGAGACUGAAGGACUUUGUGAAUGUACAGACCAAAAGCUAUGGGCAUCUCGACACCCAGAAGUGAGUAUGCUUCCGACAAGGGUGUUCCCGGUCAACGUUGGAUACUGUACAAAUGAUGUGAACGGGACAUUUUGAUUUGACCAGAAUAAUCCCAGUCAUAUUCAUGGAGUAAACUGCA